UAACACACACACACACAUAUACACACACAGCUGCUUCCUCAGCACUAAGCCAAGGGCGAGCUGGACUCCCUGCCCUUUGUCUCAGUCUUGUCUGUCCUGUCCGCCGGUUUUUAUUACUUUAUUUUAAAGUUAGAUUAUCUGUUUCACCACAGAAACAGAACGUUAGCUGAGCGCGCGCACGUUUUUAACCCACAUUUGGGCGCGUGCUGAUAACGUAGCCCGGGGCAACCGUUUUCCGCUCGAGCCUGAAUUCGUUAAAAACUCGCUAAAAGGAUUUUUCUGCCCGCAAAUGUUGCUGUAAAACGAGGCGGAGAGUUGCAGAUUCAGCCGGCGGACUCGAGAAAAGAUGGAGAUGAAGGUGGUGUUGAUAGCAGCUCUGCUGGGGCUCUUCUCUCUGUGCACAGCUCAACUAGAUGGUAAUGACUGCACUAAGGCUUCAGCUCAGUCCUGUGGGGAGUGUAUUCAGGUUGGAGAGAAGUGCGGCUGGUGCACACUGGAAGCCUUUCUGAAGCAGGGAGAGUCCAAGUCAACACGCUGUGAUGAAAUCGAAGCUCUGAUUAAGAAAGGCUGUCCUGAUAAAAGCAUUGAAAACCCUCGAGGGACUGUCAGCAUCAAUCAGAACAAACCAGUUACAAAUCGUAAGAAGGACGUAGCAGAGAAACUCAAGCCAGACCAGAUCACUCAGAUCCAGCCUCAGAAACUCACACUUGACUUGAGAGCAGGUGAGCCUCAGAAGUUUUCUCUGAAGUUCAAGAGGGCUGAAGAUUACCCCAUUGAUCUGUACUACCUGAUGGACCUGAGCUUUUCCAUGAAGGAUGAUUUGGAAAACGUGAAGAACUUGGGAACAGACCUGAUGCGUGAAAUGCAGACCAUCACCUCAGACUUCAGGAUUGGCUUUGGCUCCUUUGUGGAGAAGACAGUGAUGCCCUACAUCAGCACAACACCAGCCAAGCUGCUGAACCCAUGCACAUCAGAUCAGAACUGCACCAGCCCCUUCAGCUACAAGAAUGUGCUGAGUCUGACUGCGGACGGGCAAAAAUUCAACAGCCUGGUCAGCCGGCAGCACAUCUCCGGAAACCUGGACUCUCCUGAGGGAGGCUUUGACGCGAUCAUGCAAGUCGCUGUCUGUGGAGAUCAGAUUGGCUGGAGGAAUGUCACUCGUCUGCUGGUGUUCUCCACUGAUGCUGGCUUCCACUUCGCUGGAGACGGUAAACUGGGAGGGAUUGUGCUUCCCAAUGAUGGAAAAUGCCACCUGACGGACAAUAUGUACACAAUGAGCCAUUACUAUGACUAUCCCUCCAUCGCACAUCUCGUGCAGAAGCUAAGUGACAACAACAUCCAGACCAUCUUUGCUGUGACUGAAGAGUUCCAGCCUGUCUAUAAGGAGCUCAAAAAUCUGAUUCCAAAGUCUGCUGUGGGAACGCUGUCUGCAAACUCGAGCAAUGUGAUCAAGCUCAUUAUCGAUGCCUACAAUUCUCUGUCAUCUGAGGUGAUCCUGGAGAACACCAAGCUGCCUGAGGGUGUGUCCAUUUCAUAUGUGUCCCACUGCAAGAACGGAGUGAGCGAAACAGGAGACAAUGGAAGAAAGUGCUCCAACAUCUCUAUCGGUGAUGAGGUAUCCUUUGAUAUCGCCGUUACUGCUACAGGCUGCCCGUCUCAGGGUAAAUCAGAGACCAUAAAGAUCAAGCCGCUGGGAUUUAACGAGGAAGUCACCAUUGUCCUCAACUUCAUCUGUGAGUGUGCAUGUCAUAAAGACGGCAUUCCCAACAGUCCAGAGUGUCACUUCGGGAACGGAACGCUGGAGUGCGGAGCAUGCAGGUGUAAUGAGGGGCGUAUUGGCAGGGUGUGUGAAUGUAGCAAGGACGACGUCAGAACAGAGGAUCUGGAUGCAAACUGCAGAAUGGACAACGGUACAGACAUCUGCAGUAACAACGGAGACUGUAUCUGUGGAACGUGUGAGUGCAAGAAGAGGGAUAACCCAGAGGAGCGGUACGAGGGGAAGUUCUGCGAGUGCGACAACUUCAACUGCGAUCGAUCCAACAAUAAACUCUGUGGAGGUCACGGCCGGUGUGAGUGCAGGAAAUGCAUCUGUGAGGCCAACUACACAGGCAGCGCAUGUGACUGUUCCAUGGACACGCAGUCGUGUGUGGCCAGUAACGGACAGAUCUGUAACGGCCGUGGAACCUGCGAGUGCGGAGUGUGUAAAUGCACUGACCAAAAGUUCCAGGGCCCUACCUGUGAGAUCUGCCCCACCUGCCCAGGGGUCUGCACUGAGCACAAGUCCUGUGUCCAGUGCCGUGCGUUUGGUACUGGGGAGCUUAAAGACAAGUGUGAUCAAGAGUGCCAGUACUUCAACUUGAAAAUGGUGGACAACAAGGAGGAUUUGCCUCAGCCGAACAGCCAGGCCUACCUCACACACUGCAAAGAGCGAGACGCCAACGACUGCUGGUUCUUCUUCACCUACGCCACCAAGAACGAGACUGCUGAAGUCUAUGUGGUGAAGGAUCCAGAGUGCCCAGCUGGUCCUGACAUAAUCCCCAUUGUAGCGGGCUUGGUCGCAGGCAUUGUUCUGAUUGGUCUGGCUCUGCUUCUGAUCUGGAAGCUGCUUAUGAUCAUCCACGACCGCAGAGAGUUCGCAAAGUUCGAGAAGGAGAAGAUGAACGCCAAGUGGGAUGCGGGUGAGAACCCCAUCUACAAGAGCGCUGUGACCACAGUGGUCAAUCCCAAAUACGAGGGCAAGUGAACGACAAGCCGUCUGUCUCAAACACUGUAUGCAAAUGAAUUCAGGAGCGGAGGAGGAGGAGGUCCAUUUUAAUUUUAUUUUAAUUUUUUUCUUUUUCUUUUCAACACGUUUUUGUUAGCUGUGCAUUUCCCACGACUUGCAUUACUUUGUACUAAUCUGUAUUUCUAUGCAUUCUGUACAGUGUGUGUAUAAACUUGAGUUUUUACUUUUUAUUGUGGAAUUUUCUGAAUGUUAUACUUUUGUUUUUUUUUGUUGUUUUUUUUGUUUUUCUUUUUUGUUUUUUUUAUGUGUUGCCACGUGACAUUUGGUUUGGCUUUGAGCGGGAAAAGCGUCUUUUGAGUUGUGCCUUUUGAAUUGGAGUCAUUUCGUGCUGACGAUGAGUGCAAUGAAUGUUACAUGCUCUCGAAGAUCAGUUCAUAAUCUGAUUACUGCAGUUAGCGGAUUAUUUAAGUAGCUGUGUGAACAGUGUGUACAGUAUAAAAUCAAAUAAUCUGCGAAAGAGAGCUGGAUUUGAGCUUAGUAAUGGUGUUUUUCAGUGCAUGUAAACUCAUAACCAGAGUAUUCUGGGAUUUCACAGACUGUGCAUGAGCGAAAACAGCAGACUGUGGUAGUCUGAACACUUUUUAUUGUGUUUAUUCAUAUUGUGGCUCGAUGUGUUAAACACUGCAGUAUAUUGUCGCUGUCCAAUGAAAAACAAGUAUCUCCAUUUUUGUCCAUUUUUAGUUUACUACAUAAUUUGAACACACUUAUUAUCCCCUACACUGUGCCAAAAUUUCUUGAUGAACGGACCAAUAGAAAUACUUUAAAAUUACUUAAAAUAAACUCUUUUUACAUUGACUCCCCUUAAAAGUUUAGAAUGCCUUUUCUCUCUCCAAUAAAAUUGCUUUUUUUCAGUUGAACAGUGACUAUAUGAAGUUUGGGUCUAAUUCUGCGUGAUUAUUGGCUGGUUCCAAAGCAAAAAUCUGAUUAUUGCCUGACUCAUGUAAACAUUUAUGUUAAUUGCUUUACUUACAAAGUCCAAUAUCCUGCAGUAAUCAGAUUAUGAAUAAAGAAUUGGGGUAAAAGCACUCUUUUUCUCAGUCCUGGCCCUGAAAUCACCCUGCUCUAAUCACUAUAGUGUAUUUUAUUGCUGAAUGAUUAACUCAAUUCCUUAUGAACCAGCGCUGAUUGAGUUCAAAUGAUUUAAAUCAUGUUUUAAACAAGAAAAAAAGCUAAAUGUGCAGGACGCAGGGUAACUCCAGGACCAGGACUGGGAAACGUUGCACAAAUGGAUUUUAAAGCCUAUGAUGUCGAGUUGGGUUUGUUCAGAGUUUUGAAAGAUGAAAGAUGGAGGAACCCAGUGAUGGGGAGUGCAGCAAAACACUGGUUUAAGGUCUGAUCAAUGAAAACGCACCACUAUCAGUCCCAUAGAGCUGGAGGAUGAUUAGUAUUACUACUAUUAUUAUUACUUUUUUUUACGUUAUUGACAAUGAUUAUCAGUCUGAGUUAGUUAGAGUUAAUCAGUGGUGCAUACGUUUUCACUGAUUCACUGACUGAGGAAGGAGAACCUUUUGAUAUGAUGGUGUUUGAUGUGAAUGGUGCUCUCCAUCACUGGCGUAGCAUGUAGCAUGUAGUAGCUGGUCACUGUGGGGAAAGUGUGUGGUGCUGUGUUCUUACUGCAGGUUGUUGUGACUGUUCCAGACUUCGAGAAGCCUCAGCUAACACUGUUCCAAUAGUUCAAGUCCUAACUCAGGUGUGUGUUAGGAGCUGGAAUAGUACAAAAAAAAACAUGGAGGAUCCUUAUAAAGCUCUGGUUAGAAACCACUGCUCCAGAGAACCUCCUGAGGAUGCUGAGGAUGAUGAUGAUGAUGUUAAGAGUAGCAGCACUGUAGCGCUGCAAGACUGCAGUGAUCGAUCGGUCAGAUGUGUGUUUUAGGAAGAUUAGAACUGUGAGGACUUUAUGUGGAUGUGCUUUAUGUAUUUAUAGUGAAAAAUUAACUUAAAAAUGAAGUAAAUCUAAACACCCAAAAUCAAAAAAACUAUCAAUAAAUCUGAGGGCUCUAGUUUAGAACCAAAAUGUGCAUUACGUUAAACACUGUGCCUAACAGCUCUAUAAUCAAUAUAUAUACAGUCUAAUUUGAGCUCAGAGUAAACUAGAGUCCUAAACUUGUGUUUUUUUCAAUUAUAAACCAUCACUACGCCAUUGACCAUUUGUAAUAUCUGGGAGCAUCUCAGGGCCGAUAAACCACAGUAAGUAAUCGAUUGAUUUUAAUUUUUAUGGAACGUUUUCAGAAAGAUGUCGCUCAGCUCAAACAUUAACAAUCAAACGCAAAGCCUUUACUUUCUGAAGGCUGGUUUAUGCUUCUGCGCCGCGUCAUAACAGAGUCUACAGCCUAGUCUAGCAAAACUGUUACUAGUUAACAGCGGACCAAUCACAGUUGGUGCUGUCUGUGGCAAAGCGACAGACCUAUGAAAGCCAGGCUACAGCUUAGGGUACAUUUAGGACUGUGGCAUAGAUCCAACUCUUAGGCCAAGUCCCAUUUCACCCCUUAGCCCUACCACUUACUCUUACCCUUCAUUUUGAGUACAACCCUUCCCCUUGGAACAGAGUUACAAGAGGAAGGGGUGAAACCCAAUACCUUAUCAGAAGCGCUAAAGUUCCCUGCUGUCUGUUGCACCAAUUAAAGUGUGACAGGAAAGUUAGAUAAGCUAGCUAACUACUGAGACAAAAAAAAUGAAAUCUUUUUUUUAUGCUUGUUAUGAAGAAUUCAGCCAUAAAAUAUUGAAACUUCACAAUCAACUAUGAACAUAUUUCUCUAAUCGUCACUUUUAACAAGGAAACUACUUACAUUUGUGGGUUUCUUUGGACAUUUGUUCCGCUACCAGUGAUUCUGAUACCCCUCAGCUUAAAGUGUGCUUCUGAAAAAUCUCUGUAUGAAGGGCUAAAAAGCUCUAUCCCUUCCCCUAACCUACCCCUCCAGCCUAACAACAAUCAAUUUAUACCUCUUGGAUAAUGCGCACAGCAUAGUCUGCACAAGUGGCCUACACCACUGUGAGCAUUUAUAUUUGUGCAUUCGUGUAUCUGCUUGGCUCUGCAGGUUAAACCGUGAAGACUGUGCAUGUGUAGGAGUGUGUAGACCCCAGGAACACAAGGCUUAACAAACCAAUCACAGUGGUCACCUUUCUGUAACUGUAAUUUGCAGUUUGCAAUUUACAUUUGUGGAGAGUUGCGCUCGUCAGGCUACAGCCUACAGCGUACGCAUACUCUUGGGGCCUCAGCAAACUUCUUGCAGUGAUUGUGUUCGCUUCGAUUCGGUGACCAAUCUGACGUAAUUGCGAUUGACAAAAAAUGUGCACCGAGUCGUGCACAUGGAACCACUUGUGACGGCACCUGUGAUUGGUCGUUACCAAAAAGAUUUCAAGGCAGGGCGUAGUCUAAUGAUGUAGGUUCGAUGCAGAAGCAUAAAUUGGCCUCAUGGGGAACAGAAUCGUGUACAGUGCUAGAAUGAGUAUGAUGACUCAAGCCUUUUUCAACGGGUCGUUUCUGAAUUUGAGAAUAAAACUCAGGUUCUUUAUUCUUCUCCAUCACAACAAGCCAAAUAUCUGCUGCCUCCUGCCUUCAAGACUUUACAGAGCCUUAUUUUAAAUAUGCUGUGUCUGUUACCUACCAGAAGUGGACUUACUUUGCUUACUUUGUAUCAAACUAUUGUUUUUUUAUGUUUAAUUUUUUUAUUUUUGUGUUUUUCUGAUUAAAAAUUGAACCUCCUUGGUCCUGUUUUUAAAUGGAGGGUCUAUUAGAGGUGCGGGUCAGACUGUUGAGACCCUGAUGUUGGUGAUCAGUGUUAACGAGGAGAAUCUCUGAUCUAAUCUAGUCUUUUAAAUGCUGUUAAACCUUUAAAACCACACGCCUCACAGACUGCGUUUUUUUUUUUAAAGUGCCUUUUUAUUUCUGCAUCAUGCUCACUCUCUCAAUCCUUUGUUUCAGAAGUUAUUUAUUAAAAUAAAGAACCAAAACAGUGGA